ACACUCUACACCUACGUCGGUGUGUGAUGUUUCAGCACCAUGGACAGAGAGCCGAACUGUGAUUGGGUCAACAAUACAACGUCAAGGAUUAAAGUAAUCUGCCUAUUGGUCUGAGUCAAAGUGACAGCGGAAUCAAGCGCUCUGAUUGGUCGAGAUUGAGGAUCAUUAGGAUUUAUCACUGUGCAUACUACGCGACGGAAAGUAUUACAAUAGUGUUAUAGUUUAGCUUACAGGUUCCAUUUGAUUGAUUACCCUCUAUAUCUGAUCACAUUUGGUGUCUCCACGCGAGUCUGUGGGCUUAAAGAGGAAAGAGGACGCUACUCUUUGGGGAGGUAAGCAGAUUACGUUCUCCGAGAAAUCCGUAAUUCCUGCCCAUAACAGGCAGCUCUCUGUUAAAUCAUCCCCAUGGCCUCAGUUAUAUACAUUAUUGACGGCACGUGUUGGCGUAACUUGGGUGUGUUUGCCGCGUGUUGUGUGUUCACGGUGUUCCUGUAGGUGUGUGUGGGUCCGUUUUCUGGUUGUAUUUUGUGGGAGAGGAAGGAUUUAGUCUUUUACAGACGGUGACAGGAGGGCUGUCACAUUAAAUCCCCCGACAGGACGUGUUAGCCUAGCCCAUAGUGCUGUAUGUCAAAACACGUUUAACUCGUAAAGUACCUCACCUUUAACCUGCAUAAUACAACUUAAAUGACCACAAGGGCUUUUAAAUAAUAAUUAGAUUCAACUAUAAUCCUUUUUUUAAAUCUUAUUUGACAGGUUGGAGAGACUGAGGAAGGAAUAAAGCUAAACAGACAGCUCUACACUCACUCUUCAUGGCAGGUCAGUAAUCAUAGAGAAACUGGGAAGUAUAUGCAGCCUGAUGAUAUGACUAACUAUGUCAAAUUAUUUGUCUUAGAGCCAAACUUCCCCCCGUUGCCUGGCUUCAUUCCUCUGAAGCCCUGCUUCUACCAGGACUUUGAGGAAAUCCCUGAACAGCACCGCAGCAUGUGCAAGAAAAUGUACCACCUUUGGAUAUGUGAGUGGACUCAUGUCAGAUUAGUAUGUGAGUGCAUGGAGUUGAUGGUGUUAUUUUUCCUUGCACAGGGCUACACUAUAAACUUUGUCUUAUGUCCAGGCUAUAAAAGUGACUUUUUCUGCAGAGGCUACCUGAAAAGGAAUCAUCAGAUUUUUCCAGAAGGUCCCAUUAAAUUUGUUCCCCUCUGUAAUUCACAAUAAGAAGUACAAUGUAACAGAAGGGCAGUGGUUUACAAGGGUCCCCUUGGUAUGCAAAGAUUUUGAUUUUUUCACAGGCUGUUAUCCUGACUGGUUUAUUUGCUAAUGAGUCAUAGCACUGACCAGAUGGCCUUGGUUUGAGCAGAGCCGUUAACAUUGAAAUUGUGUUUAACAAUUUUUGCCAGAAGCACUUUAAUCAAAGUUUAUUACUCCAUAAACAAGCAGCACAAUCAUGCUCAUGAUAUUGCUCUGGUCUGGAAGCUCCCUGCUCGUCCAUGAAGCAGAAAGGAACAAGAAACAUCCUCAGUCUCUUGCAACACUUAAGCAGGUGCAGUGGCACUAACCUGGCCGUGAGAGGACUGUAAUAAGCCAAACAAAAAGUUUGACAACGAAUCACACCCUGUUGCAUCUGAUUUUGCCUAAAUAUGCCAACCCUCUUCACAUCAAUGUACUUUCUGUAAAUCACAACUUCAUUAUGUUCAGCUUGCAUGAGAAGUUUUCUUUAAAGUCAUAUUUUUUUAAGACAAGAAAAAUAUAUCCUUUGACCAGUUUGUGACCAGGCUUUCUUUUCUACAGGGGUGUUCCUUCUUUUUAUAUACAUAAACUUUGAGCAGGUAUUUAAAACAGAUUUCAAUGUUCCUCUUUCUGCAUGCACUUGUUUUUACACUUCUCUACCUGAGAGCUAUUUAAUUCAUAAUCUAUUUUCUUGUUUUCUGUUUUCACAUGCGAGAAUUAUCUCAAGCUAAAUAAUUUUUCCUUCUCUGUGUGUAAGACAUCUGUGUUCCUCAGUAGCUGUCACAUUUCUGCUGUGUUUUGCCUGAUAAUUACUUUUUCAGUGGCCCCACAUUUAAAGCUGAUGGGCCUUAAAAACUAGUUUAGAAAGCAAAGAUGCACCAACAGCACAGACCUUGCAGUUACAAUUAACUCCAGCAGCCUUAAACAGACAGUUUUGAAGCCUAAACUAUCACCAAGAAUCAAUAGAAAAGGAGAUAGCAGAAAAAGGCAAAGAGGGGACACAAGCUGAAAUGUGUGUACGCCACUGGAAUUAAGUAUUUCUUCUCAUUUUACUGCGUUUUUCUUUCAUUUCAAUUCUCCAACGUUAAACUGAACUCCACUGCAUGUAUGCAUGUCCACGUCUGUAUGCCAAACAGUUAAUGUUUUCAUCUGUACUUCUAAAGUCCAUCUUGUGUGUUCUGUUUUUGAAGUGAACAGCGCCACUUUGGUUGUGAAUCUCGUUGGUUGCUUUGCCUGGAUGUUUGGUGGAGGCGGUGUAACAAACUUUGGCCUUGCUAUCAUCUGGCUGCUCAUGUUCACUCCCUGCUCCUAUGUUUGUUGGUUCAGAGCCAUCUACAAGGCCUUCAAGUAAGUCAAACAUGAAAUACAAAAUGACAUUAAAAGUGCUGCUUUGUAAGUGCAGCACACUGAUUCCCUUACAAUUCAAUAUUGCGCAGACACAUCACCAAAACAACAUUUUAGAUAACUAAAGUUUUUAAAUAAGGUAAUAACCAACUGAGAUUAAAUUUGCCAGAAAAAUGAAAACUUUAGCAACCAGUCAGUAGGGGGAGCUCUAAAUCUUUCAGUCCACACCUUUGUAAAGUUCAUUUUAACACAGUCUACAUGUAAAGCCAACAAAAUAUUGAAUUUCAAAAUCUUGCUUUUAUAAAACCAUUGAGUCCCGAUACUUUCCUGCAUGACUGCUUUCUACCCCUGGAAAUAAUACUCCAACUUGUCCCUAUUAAGGCAAAAGGGAACCCGAACACCAGGUGACACCCUUUGCAGCACUGGCACGAUAUCCAUAAGAAGACAGCCAAUAGCAAUUUCUUCUCAAACUGUUCAUUAAUCAUCUCAGCUUAGUCACUGUAUGCUUCCUUUGUCCUGUCAAAGUGUCACAACCAGGCAAAAAGCCAAUAGUCCAACCCACACCUCUGACAAGGUCAUCUACGGUGGAAGUGCUAUCACUACAGAAAGGCAGACAUGGGAGAAUCAAUGCCACAGUUAAUGAUCUGAAAAGAUCAAUCAUCACAAGUUGUGGAAAAGCCUUCAUUCAUUGUGCACCUUCAUGCAGUGCACCUGUAGCAAUACAACUGAGGAGUUCACUUGUGUGUACUACACAGUACACUCAUGCAGAGAUUGAAUAACCUAUCAUCACUCUAAUGCUUUAAAAAUAAGUUAUAACUAAGUACCUUUUCGUUCUAGGACUGACAGCUCCUUCAACUUCAUGAUCUUCUUCUUUGUGUUCAUGGCCCAAGUUGGCAUCAGCAUCAUCCAAAGCAUCGGCAUCCCUGGAUGGGGAGUGUGGUAAGAGUCUGAAACAGAAACAGAAAAACAGGAGAUUUUUACUUGCUGAUUUUAUUUAGUAUUCUUAGUCAAAUAAGGAAUAUUUUUUUUGAUCAAGUAUGUUUUUAUUUUAAAAGUACUUUUAAAAUGUGGUGACAUUUGCGUAUGCACAACAUCUUAAAUGUUAGUCAUGUUAGGGGAAAUAUUUAUUUUGAAAUCAAGGAUUAAAGUGUUUUCAACUAAUUUUGAACACAAUUGUUAAGUUAGACGAAUAAGCUUGUGUAAGUUCCACUAUAUUAGGUACAGAGAUCACUGACUGUAAAACUAAAUCACAGUCAUUAUGAAGCUUCACAAACUAUUACAACAUUUACAAACUACUAAUUCAUUGCGGCCACAAAGAUUCAAGAAUUGAUUCAUUGAGAUUUUAAAAAAUCUGCUUUAGAAUGAAACGUUUUGGGCUCCAGCACCAAGUCUGGUCAGAAAGUGUUUUUUUCCACACCUUCCUCUCAGCUUUCAUUAACAUGACAGUGAUGGAAUAUCAGAAAUUGCCCUCAUAUAACUUUAAUGAUCGCCCUGUUAUUAGAUUUUGAGAGGCCGUUAAAGAGACCCUCAAAAUGUCACCAGUCUCAGGCUGAUGAUCAGGAAUUAAUAUUAUGACAGCCUCCAUAAAGUUUAUAAAUGUCACCAUGUGCAGCUGUAUAUCAUCAUGUAUGAGCUGUAAAACUUUUAAACUUUAUAUGGCAGUACUCAAGAAUCAAAAAGAAUUACCGGUAUUUACUGUCCAGAUGGUCACUAUUCGUGUCUGUUACAGAUAAUUAUGGUUCAAGUUGCGUUCACAGCCUUAAUUUGUUUUUGUUUUUUUCUGUUUUUUUUUGGAUGAAUUGUGUUAAAUGUCAUUUUCUUUGGCCUUUUCAGCGGUUGGCUGGCAACCAUCUCCUUUUUCAGCUAUAACAUUUUGAUUGCUCUCAUCAUGUUGGUCCCUACCAUCAUGUUCACUGCUGUGGCCUCACUGUCCUUCAUCGCUCUAACCAGGGUAAGAAUUCAGUGUCUGAAUGGGCGAUGAAGACGGACAGAAAAUCAAUGUGAAUAUAUUUUCUGUCAGCGUCCAUGACCAUUUCCGUCCAUUGUCGUUGUAAUUUAAUUAUUUUCCGUUCUGUGUUCAGACAAAUUUGACUGAUUACCUGUGAUAAUGUGACAAGCAUAUGUCAGUCCAGGAUUGGAGAUUAAUUCUCUCUAAUAUCAACAAAGCAUCUUUUUAGGAAUGCUCUGAUAAAUGCUUGAAAUUUGUCUUGACUUUUUUUUAAAAAUUAAAUUCCUAAAGAAACACACAAUGUACCAAACAAAUGUAAGUUCAACCAGUGGUGGCUCUAAAAAAUGCCCUAUAUUUUAGGCACCCAAGAAUAAUAAGAGAAAUAGAAACAAAACUGUGUUACACUAAAAUACAUUCCAGUAUGACUGAUCAGAGACCAAAGUCGACCUUCUUCUGCUCCAUAAACACUCAAGUCCUUAAAGAGAUGCACUGACUUAGAAAUAUCUUUCUAUAACUCUGUGUGAUAAUCAAAAUAUCUUAGGGUUCACACGACACCCACUUAAGAAUACAUUGUGAUGCCAUCUUAUGCACAGAUCCAUAAUUACUACCGUGGCAGCGGGGCCAGCAUGACCAAAGCUCAGGAGGAGUGGACCACGGGAGCCUGGAAGAACCCCCACGUCCAGGCAGCGGCCCAGCAGGCGGCUAUGGGUGCAGCUGCAGGAGCCAUGCAGGAGCCGUACUCCAGCCCGCAGUACAACGAAAACCAGAUGUAGCCUCUACAGUACAGAGGCACCAGAGAAAUGAUGGAACAGCCAUGCCAAAGUCUGAGCAUCAGAGUCAGGGAUGUCUUACUUUCCCCUCCAAAAUCAUUCAUUUUGUAGUUUAUCUGUUUAGGGUUUGAAAAAAUUACCCCUGUAUAUCAUAACACUUACUGAUUUCACAUUCUGGCCCAGUCACUGAUUCAGCAAAAUCUUAGAGAUUUCAAGCUAUUUCAUCAUCAACUUAAAGCUAGGAACAUCUGCGGGGAGCUGAUUCUUGCCUUCCCGAAUAAAAGGGUACAAGAUGUUUUUAUAGUAUUUUAUAUCAUUUCAUAUGUCUGUUAUCUGUUUGAGAGGUUGAAAUAAAACUAGUUUUGAAUGUUUUUCUUUAGUCACCCUAUUAGAGCGGUGAAAGGUUCUCUGUGUCGACCUGUAGCUACAAGAACUUUAAGAACCCAUGUGAAAUGAUCUAAUUCUCUUUGUAUAGUUUAUAUAACAAAUAAUAUUGCAGGUAUGAAGUAUGUCUAUUAUUUUUCAAAGGUAGAAGGUAAACCAAAGAUUGAAUUUUGUAUUGCAAACAUAUUUUAAAGUACACAACUAAAUGUGACCUCAUCCUUGCUUUAUUUCUAUGCAUUAUAUUAACAACUACACUGUGAAUUGAAAAGCUUGUAAUGUGAAAAAAAGUCUGUUUUUACUACAGUUUGUAACAAAACUGAAAUUGAAUUUGGAAAAAAAACAUGAUCACACUUGAAGCUGUCACUGUUAUUGUGAAAAUUCAGAUCUACACCAUGUUACACUUGAACCAGUGUUCAUACUUUAUGCUAAUUCUGCAAAGAAACAAGUGGCAUAUGUGACCCUUAUGCUAAAAUCACCUCAACAUAAUCAUGAAUGUGACAUUUUUGUACUGAAUGUAAAUGUAGUAAAUGCUCGUUCAGAGACAGUUUUGUUAAGCUGAGUGUUGUACGGCUGUUUGACCACCAAGAGGUGCUGAUGGUUUUAGUUUGAAAUAAAAAGGUCCAACAUGAAC